GGGAUCGACUCUUUAGUUUCACCGAAAGAUGGCGGAUCGAACGCCUGGCUCUCAAAAAGCUAGCGCAAAGGCGCAGCUUGAGAGCAAACUCAAAUCUUUCAGCAUUGGAAAAAUGGCAGUGGCUAAAAGAACCUUAAGCAAGAAGGAACAGGAUGACAUAAAGAAAAAGGAAGAUGAGCGAGCAGCAGCAGAGAUCUACGAAGAGUUUCUUGCUGCUUUUGAUGGAGGCACAGAGGGCAAAGUCAAGGCCUUUGUCCGUGGGGGUCUUGCAAAUGCUUCAAAGGACGAAGCAGCUGCUGAUGACAAAAAAGGAAAGUUAUACAAGCCCAGGUCACGUUUUGAGACCCCAUCAAAAAGCAUCCUACCUUUGGAGACUCCAUCUCAGUUUUUGCCCUUAGAUAAAAGAAAUACUUUGAAGAAAAGUAAUGACAAAGAAAAGAAGAAGAGUAACCUGGAGCUCUUUAAAGAAGAACUUAAACAGAUUCAGGAGGAAAGGAAUGAAAGGCACAAGAUGAAAGGACGUGUCAGUCGUUUUGAACCUCUGCCUGGCACAGAGGGAAAGCGCUCAUCGGAUGGUUCUUCACGAAGAAACCGUCCGUCCAGUGUUUUGGACGACAGCGCCCCAGGUUCCCAUGAUGUCGGAGACCCUUCCACCACAAACUUGUAUCUUGGAAACAUCAAUCCAAAGAUGAACGAGGAGAUGUUGUGUCAAGAGUUUGGCCGUUACGGCCCCCUUGCCAGCGUGAAAAUCAUGUGGCCACGAACAGAUGAGGAGCGAGCUCGGGAGAGGAAUUGCGGCUUUGUUGCCUUCAUGAACCGGAGAGAUGCUGAGCGAGCACUCAAUAAUCUAAACGGAAAAAUGAUAAUGAACUUUGAGAUGAGGCUAGGGUGGGGCAAAGGUGUGCCCAUUCCGCCACACCCCAUCUAUAUUCCUCCUUCUAUGAUGGAGCAUACUCUCCCACCUCCUCCCUCUGGCCUACCCUUCAACGCUCAGCCCAGAGAGAGGCUAAAAAACCCACAUGCUCCCCUGCUUCCUCCGCCGAAGAACAAGGAAGAGUUUGAGAAGAAUCUGUCGCAAGCCAUAGUCAAAGUGGUUGUCCCAACAGAAAGGACUUUGCGCUCUUUCAUCCACCGUAUGAUCGAAUUUGUGGUGCGUGAAGGCCCGAUGUUUGAAGCCAUGGUCAUGAACCGAGAAAUCAACAAUCCCAUGUACAGGUUUUUAUUUGACAACCAGAGCCCGGCGCAUGUGUAUUACCGAUGGAAACUUUACACCAUACUACAGGGUGAAACACCAUUCAAAUGGCGAACAGAUGACUUUAGAAUGUUUAAAAAUGGCUCCUUGUGGCGUCCACCGCCCCUUAACCUUUACGUUCACGGUUCUUGCGAUGAUGAGGAAGGGGAGGAAGAGGAGGAGGCCAACAAGAAAGGCUGCUUAAAAGAAGAGGAGCGAGACAAAUUGGAGGAGAUGCUUCGAGGUUUGACUCCUCGGAGGGGAGAUAUAGCGGAGGCCAUGCUGUUCUGUCUGAACCACGCUGACGCAGCUGAGGAGAUUGUCGAGUGCAUCACAGAGUCUCUCUCCAUCCUGAAGACGGCUUUACCAAAAAAGAUCGCACGGUUAUAUCUAGUUUCUGAUGUGCUUUACAACUCAUCAGCCAAAGUGUCGAAUGCGUCUUACUACAGAAAAUAUUUUGAGACAAAGCUCAGCCAGAUUUUCUCAGAUCUCAAUGCCACAUACAAAGCAAUCCAGGGACAUCUUCAGAGUGAGAACUUUAAGCAAAGGGUGAUGGCAUGUUUCCGGGCGUGGGAGGACUGGGCUGUGUACCCCGAUCCUUUCCUCAUCAAGCUGCAGAACAUCUUCCUGGGUCUUGUUAAUCUCUCUUCAGAAAAGGAGGCCCCAUGUCUUGUUGCAGAGCCGGAGCCAGCAGACGACCUCGACGGGGCUCCUUUGGGUGAAUAUGUAGACGGCACGCCGCUGGAGGAUGUAGACGGGGUGCCCAUUGAUGCAAGGGCCCUUGAUGGGGCACUGAUCGAUGGAGCCCCUCUGGAUGACUUGGAUGGAGUUCCCAUCAAGCAGUUGGAGGAUGACAUUGAUGGAAUACCUUUUGAUCAGUCGAAGGAGUUCAAAGUAGCUCCAUCAAAAUGGGAAGCGGUGGAUGAGGCAGAGUUGGAGGCUCAAGCUGUAACAACCUCGAAAUGGGAAGUAUUUGAGCAACCAGAAGAAUCAAAACUGGUUGAGGACAGUGAUGAGGAGGACAGGAGCCCUCGCUCAGAUGACAACCUGAGCUACUCCAACCCCAUCAGAGACGAUCCAGACUUCAAGGCCAAACUAUCCGAAAUGAACGAGGAAAAACGCAGCAAACUCCGAGAGAUCGAGGUUAAAGUCAUGAAGUUCCAGGAUGAACUGGAAUCUGGGAAAAGACCCAAGAAACCUGGUCAGAGUAUUCAGGAGCAGGUGGAGCACUACAGAGACAAACUACUACAGAAAGAAAAGGAGAAGGAAAAAUUAGAACGGGAGAAAGAGAGAGAGAAAAAAGAAAAGGAGAAAGUUGAGGUGCGGUUGAAAGAGCUGAAGAAAGAAAAGGAGAAGGAUGACACCCCGACAAGGAAGGAGAGGAAGCGACAUCACAGCGGGUCUCCCAGUCCGACGAGGAGCAACAGCAAACGAGGGCGGUCCACGUCCCCUCGCUCAGAAAGGUCAGAACGCUCUGAUCGAUCUUAUUCUAAAGACACGACUUCCCGCUCAUCCCAUAAAGACUCCCCUCGAUCCAGCAACAAGAAAUCAUCCAAGAGGUCACCAUCUUCACCUCGCACACCUAAACGAUCGAAGCGGUCACGGUCCAAAACACCCAAGAAAUCAACAAAGAAGUCCCGCUCCAGAUCAAAGUCUCCUCACAGAUCUCACAAAAAGUCAAAGAAGAGCAAACACUGACGUCUUUCUCAUGUUUGAAAGCAGCCCCCUCAUUCUUCUCAUCUUUGGACCGAUUGGCAGCUGAAGAUCUUUGCCCAAAUGUUAGUGUCAGGACAACUG